GUCGCGAUGCGGUGCGGAAGGUCUGGAACUUCGACGGUAUCAGCCCGGGCGUGAAUCGUGAAUUGCAUUUAAUUAAAGUAAGUUUUUAUCAGCUUGUCAGCAUUGAAGCUUUUGCCAAAUGGAGCGUUCCGGUAAUCUCCGCAACGGUGUGGUGCAGCAGCGUAGUCUUGAAGACACUUUUCAUUACCAGUGAGAGUGGUGAACAAAAAAACGGACCGAUUCAGUGUGACAGCGUCGCCAGCGAAUAGCUCAAGGUGUCGAUUCCAGUGAGAAUUAAUUAAGAACCGACAACGACGAGCUUCGAGAAGUGCUCACAGAGCAGUAAACUCGAGACCGAUGUGCAGUAACUGUGGCUAACAAAGCUCCCCAGGCAAGCUUGCUAUACCUUGUUGACAAACAUACAGCAGAGUUCAUUCUGGCGUGGUGAAGAGAUGCGGGAAUGGCUCAAGAUUUCACUGCUGCUGUGCACGUUCGGGUUCUUCCGGGAGAUGCGCCCCUCGGAGCCGUUCGUGACGGAGUUUUUGUCCGGCGAGUGGCGGGACAUAACGCCCGAGCAGCUGAACCGCGAUGUGUACCCCAUCGGCACGUACACCUACCUGGCGGUGCUGAUUGUGGUGUUCCUCGUGACGGACAUACUGAGAUACAAAUCGAUAAUAAUAUUUUCCGCCUGCGUCGGCAUCGUGAUAUACUCGCUUCUACUGUGGACAACGUCACUGGCAGCACUGCAGGUGGUCCAGGUGCUGUACGGCACGUUCAUGGCAACGGAGGUGGCCUACUACACGUACAUCUAUGCCAAGAUCAGCCGGGAUCGGUAUCAACAGGUGACGGGCAACACGCGGGCCGCCAUCCUCAGCGGUCGGUUCCUGGCGAGCGUCGUCGGUCAAACCCUCGUGUCAACCGGGACGAUGGACCUGCGCCAGCUCAACUACAUCACGCUGGGUGCGCAAGCAUUUUCCCUGCUGUGGUCGUUCGUGCUGCCAGCGGUCAAGAGCAGCGUCUACUUCUACCACGACGCCAACGACGACGGCCAGGACAAAGCUGACGACGGCGCCACAAGAGCAAAGGAAGUCCGGGAGGAAAUUGGAAGCGAUGCGGCCACGACAACGGUUUCAGCUUCAGUCAACCAAAAAAGCGGCGACGACCCAUUGACCGGGUCCAUAAUGGCAAUAGCCGGCGGCAACAACCCAGCGCUCAAAUCCGACGUAAAUCCAACCUCAACCGUCACUUCAAAGGCCCGGUCUGGGUUCUCCUGUCACCGGGCUGGCCAUCUGCUGUGGACACACUUCACGGCGGCUUACACGAACCUUACCGUGGUCCAGUGGAGUCUUUGGUGGUCACUGGCCAUGGCCGGCUUCAUCCAGGUCGCCAACUACGUCCAGCUGUUGUGGCAAGAAAUCAACACGGACCAGGAGUACCUGUACAACGGAGCGGCCGAGGCUCUGUUGACCCUGUUUGGAGCCCUCAGUGCCAUCGUGGCCGGCUACGUCGCGAACCGACUCUUCGAGCGGUGGGCUCUGUGGAUCUUGACCGGUUGUUCCGCCCUGCAGGGUGGAUUGGUCCUGUACUCGGGAUUUUCAACAAAUAUUUGGGCAGCGUACGCUGUUUACAUUCUGUUUGGUGUGCUGUACAUGUUCAUGAUAACCAUGGCCAGUGCCACCGUUGCCAAAUAUUUGCAAGAGGACAGCUUUGGCCUGGUGUUCGGCAUCAACACGUUCGUCGCGCUCGUCUUCCAGUCCAUCCUGACCGUGGUGGUCAUCUCGGAGUCCGGCCUGGCCCUGACGCCCCGUGGUCAGUUCAAAGUUUAUGGGGGCUAUUUUUUGGUGCUGGCAGUGAUUUACCUCGUGCCGGCCACGGUCAGCCUGGUGAGGCACUGCAUGGCGAGGACAAAGCGCGACAGCGGUGGCGACUCUGAAGGACCCGGCCAGGAUGCCAGAAUUGACCAAAGCCAUCGACAGGAUGAGGCCAGCACUCACUUUUGAUGGCAAUGGUGAUGGUUUACGUAAAUUUAACGAUGUCAUUAAAAACUGGCAAGGCUUUA